UGACAAUGAUCAACAUUUAAUUUUUCCUCCUCUUACAUUAAUCACAUAUGUGUUCAUUCCAGGGACACUCGUCCCACCACCCCACGCACUGCGUUUAUGCAUAAUCAGCCCCAAAAGGUAGAGAUAAUAGCGUAAUUUAAAUACAUAUAAAGGGCCUACCUACACGUUGUCAUUUGUAAGCAAUUCUUUUGUACAGACACAUAGAUCAACAGGAUUAUGCACUUUAAAAUGUGAGGUAACGAGACAUUUAAAAAUAACCAAGGUUUACAGCUACUGCCCUGCUAUCAUUGACUGCAUAAACACUGCAAUUUAGCUGAAAAUAUAUGGAACAGACCGGGUAUUUUUGCAACGGUUGAAUAAGAUAUUAUGAUGCCAGAAAUACAGCUGUCCCCAGGCAGUUAAGCUCUCCAUUGAGUUUCUUUACUAUUGCUUUUGAGCAGGGGAUUGCUUCGUACAGUAAGGUCACUGGUUGGGGUAAAGAACCUCAUUGAAAAAUUCAUGCACACUUUGCUAAUGUGGAAGAAAAAUAGUGGUAUUUUGGAACUGUUAAUUGGAAGAAGGGACAUAAAAACAUGCUUGGUUUUUUGUUGUUGUUGUUGUUGUUGUUGUUUGUUUGUUUGUUUUAAAUAAAAAGAUCUUGCCUGUCUCUCGCCGAUUUGAUGCACAAACCACACCAACAGUAAAAGGUACACAAUUUGACAAGCUGGAGCUGUCGUCUUGUCUUUCACCGUCUUUUCUGAAGCCACAUACGCAAGAUUAAACCUUAAAUUGUUUUCCUGAGAGUCCCCAGCCAUAUAGCAGCAUCUUCCUGAGUUUUCUAGCCGCCUUCACAUCUACCUGGAGAGGUGGCAGUUAGCCAGUCCUAGCACGGGAUCACUGCUCCGCCCCAAGCUGCCCUCUUCCAACAUGGCGCCCCAGGAGGCGGGUCCCACUUGUCGGCUCCCCGGGUUCCGGCGCCAUCGCGUUUUGGUUCCGGAGUAACAGCGGUCUAGCGGCCGCCUUCCUCCUCCUCCUCCUCCUCUCGCCGCCACCUUCGCCGCCGGGACGAGGGCCUCAGUCGGCCGAUCCCGCACGCGCCGCACUCUCCGGUUCCGGCUGCGGCCUGGGACCCGCCCCCUGACCCCGCGGCCCUGAGCCCUCCUGCCUGGUGGAGGGCUGGCGGCACCGGUGCACCUCCGAAACAGCCCCGACCCAGCCCGCGGCGCCGGGCCACGCUCCCCUUGCCCACCGAGCCGCUCAGGAAGGCAGGACCCUAGUCGCUGUAUCUGCCUUAAACCAGGCCGUUGCUCCGUUGUCUCCUCUUACUCACGAGGACUACAAAAUACUUGUGGGUUCUGUUUUGUCCACUUUUGUAACUCCAGGACCUUCCGCUCUCUGCUAAUUCCUCUUGGCCCAUACCCCUUCCCCAGUGCAUCCUCCCCCAGAGACACUCCAUACGACCUGGGCCUGGUUCAGGGCCUGCAAGCUCCCUCCUGAUCGCCCCUCUUCACUUCUCCCCACCUUCCUGCUCCCUAUUUAUCGCCUGUCUUCUGUCUAUCAUUCCCCUUGUCACUUCUUGGGGCUCCUAAGUAGGGGCCAGUCGGUACUCCUUGCCGCAGGAUGUGAGACCCUUUAACCUGUAAUGCUGUGGCUGGCCCUUGGCCCCUUUCGUGCCAUGGAGAACCAGGUGCUGGUGAUUCGGAUCAAGAUUCCAAAUAGUGGCGCGGUGGACUGGACCGUGCACUCCGGGCCGCAGUUACUCUUCAGGGACGUGCUGGAUGUGAUAGGCCAGGUUCUGCCUGAAGCAACGACGACAGCCUUUGAAUAUGAAGAUGAAGAUGGUGAUAGGAUUACAGUAAGAAGUGACGAAGAGAUGAAGGCAAUGCUGUCCUACUAUUAUUCCACAGUAAUGGAACAGCAAGUAAAUGGCCAGCUAAUAGAGCCGCUGCAGAUCUUUCCAAGAGCCUGCAAGCCUCCUGGGGAACGGAACAUACAUGGCCUGAAGGUGAAUACACGGGCUGGACCAUCUCAGCACACCAGCCCUGUGGUCUCAGAUUCACUUCCAAGCAAUAGCUUGAAGAAGUCCUCGGCUGAACUGAGAAAGAUACUGGCCAACGGCCAGAUGAAUGAACAAGACAUACGGUAUCGAGACACCCUUGGUCAUGGCAACGGAGGCACAGUCUACAAAGCAUAUCAUGUCCCAAGUGGGAAAAUCUUAGCUGUAAAGGUUAUUCUGUUAGACAUCACACUGGAGCUUCAGAAGCAGAUCAUGUCUGAGUUGGAAAUUCUUUAUAAGUGUGACUCAUCGUAUAUCAUAGGAUUUUACGGGGCAUUUUUUGUAGAAAACAGGAUUUCGAUUUGUACAGAAUUCAUGGAUGGGGGGUCUUUGGAUGUAUAUAGGAAAAUUCCAGAGCACGUCCUCGGAAGAAUUGCAGUAGCAGUUGUUAAAGGCCUUACCUAUCUGUGGAGUUUAAAGAUUUUACACAGAGAUGUGAAGCCUUCCAACAUGCUUGUAAACACAAGCGGACAGGUCAAGCUGUGUGACUUCGGCGUGAGCACCCAGCUGGUGAAUUCUAUAGCCAAGACGUAUGUUGGAACAAAUGCUUAUAUGGCACCCGAAAGGAUUUCAGGAGAGCAGUAUGGGAUCCAUUCCGACGUGUGGAGCUUAGGGAUCUCUUUCAUGGAGCUUGCUCUUGGGAGGUUUCCAUAUCCUCAGAUUCAGAAAAACCAGGGAUCUUUAAUGCCUCUCCAGCUUCUGCAGUGCAUUGUUGAUGAGGAUUCGCCGGUCCUUCCGCUUGGAGAGUUCUCGGAGCCGUUUGUACAUUUCAUCACUCAGUGGAACAGAGCAGGACUUUGCAGGACCGCUCAUUGGAGCCUCGAGACACGGCCUUACCGUUUUACCCUGAAGAAACCAUUUUCAACCCGGGGUUCUUUUCCAGCCUUCUGCCUUUUCCCUCCUGAUAGGACACAUCUUCCUUUUAUUAGCCCUUCCACCGUCUCCCCAGUCCUGCUGGAGCUCUCUGGUCCGCCUCAGGAGGCCAGGUGCUCCACUGCCCUCUGGCUCACCCCAGCAUGGGGAAUUACCCCAGAGAGAGGAGGCAAUUAGGGACAUUGGAAUGGUGGUCUUCAGAGCAGGGGACAGCACACAGCAAGCGUUCUGAAACUCCACAACUCCUGCUUCCUCUCCCUCCUUUACCCUUCCUGCGAGGCGCACAGGCAGCCUCUGCCUUUGCUCCGGAGCACAAGGCGGUGCAGGCCACAGCCGGAAUCCUUGCUCAACUGGAAUGUUCUGUCCCCUCCCCCGCAUGAUCCAUCUGAUGGUUGCACAAAAGUGAAACCAAGAAAUAUUCCUUAAUAUAAAUGUCAAGCUUUAUCA